AUGGCUACCAUUUCUCUAACCCUCUUCCUCUUCUACAUAACACUCCUCCACCAUGUUUCCAUGUUCGACACUUCUCAAGCCACCACCACUAGUGGUAGAUCAUUACUUCUUGAUCACCAUUUAGGUGAGGGAGUGGCUGCUCACAUGGACUGGAGGGAAAGAGGAGCGGUUACACCAGUGAGGCAACAAGGGACAUGUGGUGCUUGCUGGGCAUUUGCUGCCGUGGCGGCAUUAGAGGGAGCGCUCCAGAUUGCUAGUGGCACACUCGUGUCCCUCUCGGAGCAACAACUGAUUGAUUGCGUCAAAGGUGGUAGGAGCGAUGGAUUCAAGGGUGGAUUUUCUGAAGAAGCAUUUGACUACGUUACAAGACGGGGUGGCAUCUCUACUGAGGCAGGUUACCCUUAUGAGAAGGCGGCUGGAACAUGUCGCUUCAAGGAGGCCUCUCAAAGAGUUUCUUUUCCGAUUCACGGCUAUAAGUGGGUCUCUUCAAACAAUGAAGAGGCGCUCAUCCAAGCGGUGGCCAAGCAACCCGUGAUAGUUGGUAUUGAUGCCGCAGGAGACGAUUUCAAGCACUACUCAGGGGGAAUUUUCAGAGGACAAUGUGGAACAUACCUGAAUCAUGCCAUAACCUUUGUUGGUUUUGGUAUUGAUAAAGAUGGUUUGAAAUAUUGGAUUGGAAAAAACUCGUGGGGCACCGACUGGGGAGAAGGAGGUUAUAUUAGGCUUCCGAGAGGUGGAUAUUCAGAAGAAGGCAUUUGCGGAAUCGCAAUGUCUCCCCUUUAUCCAAAAAUCCACCAUGUUGCCAAACUUAAUAUUACUGGCAGUGGAUCUUCUUCCCUUUCUAUAUGUGUAUUUUAUUUGAUUUUUUUGUUUUUUUAAUUUUUUUCCAA